UAAUUUCACUUGCACAAUCAAACAACCCUCAAGUGAAAUCCAUUGCUGUGAAAUCUAAAGUGGAAGGAGCAGUGACCUCUUCUCCGCUGCAUCAUCGCCGGAACCCUAGAUUUGCGAGUGGUUUUAGCUGUUGAUUAGGAGGCUGCCAGAAGUCUUUUCAUUUAGGGUGAAAUCCAUCUCUGUGAAAUCCAAAGCCGGAGGAGCAGUGACCUCUUUUCCACCGCAUCAUCACCGGAACCCUUGAUUUGCCAGGUGCCUCUCACCAUGGAGUUGAAGAUCACACAGGCCAUGACCCUCAUGCUGAGCUACAUCGUCUUCUGCUUCACUGUCAACUGGACAAGAAAUGUCUAUCCGGUCAGUUCAUCUGAAAAAUUAUUUUUUGGAUUCCUUCUCGCCAUAGGAUUUGGAGUGUCUGAAGGAAUCGAGUAUUUUAUGGAUUUCAUCAUCCCCAAGAUAGCAAAGAAGAGCAGUAGUAGAUACAUUAAGGGCAUGGUGGUGGUCUUAUUAUCUUUGAUGGUGGUCAUCUCCACACUAUGUAUUAGUGUGAAAUUCCUGCUAAGGAUAGAAGCUUCGCAGCCUUUUUUCGAAGCAGUGUCUGAAGAUUUCGUCAAAAGAUACUGCUUGGUGGGUGUUCCGGUUCUUUAUCUGUGGUCCAUGGCAUUGGGCAGAUUUAUGUACUUCUUGGAUGAUGCCACUUUCAGAUCCAAGAAGAGAGUAAAUGAUGCUGGUCUCACCAGAUCUGAAUUUAUCCUGAUGGGGUUAAAGAAUAUGGGGAGGGUGACCGAUGCGGAGAUACAUCAACUUCGGGCACGGUACGACGAGGAGAGAAGGAGGCGAUGAGUUGUUUUCUGUUGUGGUGGUUUAAUCAAGCUAACAUGUCUGAGUCUAUGUAUUGGAUUGGAUAUAUUUGUAUUGACUUUUCUGAUGUCUGUUAAUUUGUCUUUCCCAACAAUAGCUUUAUAUCAUGUGUUUGAGACUUGAUUUUCAGAUUAAUGAAUUAGGUUUUAACUGGACAAGAGCAUGAGUGGUAUGAAAAUAUGUGUAAGUUGUGA